GUGUGCGUGUGUGGGCUCCUCUCUCUGUGUGGAAAACCUCUGUAGCUUUCAAACAUUCAACACUCUACCAAACAGCUUAAACAACCGGGGAAAACGUCUCCACUUAGAGAACUGUAGCUGCCGCAGCCUGACAUGGACAUUUGGACGACGUAACAUUAGAUCUCUUUCUCUUCAAGCGCGACCGAAGAGGACCGGGAGCUAUGCGAGCUUGACAAACAGAUGAGUGGUUUUCCAUCACCAACCACUCAGGAUGAAGGCACGAAGUAAAGAGGAGGAAUAUUGUUAUCCUCACAGGAUUGUGGAUGCUUAUUUGGAUUCUCGCAUUUGACCACAUCCACAAGAACAUCAAAAAUGAUACCUGGAUUGAUCACUCAGGAGCUACACCAGCAGCUCCUGGACCUGAAGAAUUACCAAAAUCGCACAAAUGGAGUCGAAGAGCUCAAACAUACCUUGUCAGAGGUGGACAUUAAAUCAGUCCCUUCUGGCAGUAUUGAGGAGCUAGUCAAUUUUCUGCCGCGACUCUUGGAUGACAGUAAUUUCAAAGUAUUUUACAGCACCUUACAAGUUUUAAACUUGCUAAUUCAGAAGCUAGAUGGAGGUGUCGACAAAUAUUUCAAACAGAUAGUCUUAUUGGCGCUUAAGGCUCUCGGGGACACCCGCACUGUCACUAAAAUUGAAUAUAUGAAUGUGUUUCGACAGCUAAUGAAAACUGUACCACCGCAACAAAUACUGGAUCUUGUCAUUGGCAACUUGAAACACAAGAAUUCAAGGGUCCGGGAGGAUGUACUCAACAUCAUUAUGGCAGCUCUGCUCACUCAUCCCAGGAAAGAUUUCAACAUCCCCAAGCUUUGUUUUGAGGUUGCACCGUGCCUGGCAGACAGCAAAAGGAAAGUCCGCCAUGCAGCUCUUGAGCUGUUUGCUGUUUUUGACUAUUGCCUUGAAAUAGGGAAAAGGCAGCCCCUAACGAAAGCUGUGGACAUGGUUGAACUCAAUGAGGAUGCAGAGGGUCUAAUGGCAGCUGUACAGGCAAGGCGAGCAAGACAUGUCCUUCCAAAACUUUCCUCAGAUGGGACAGUGGAGUAUGGCUUAGUCAUACCCAAACCAGGACAGCGGUCCUCUUUUCAGAAUGGUUCUGGAGCCGACCUGGACUGGGUGAUGAAUGGGGGGAGGAUAAGCAGUGCAAGGAGCCAUCGGACUGAACCAGACUGCGAGCGGUUUUAUAGCUAUGGCAGCUUAGGUUCUCUCACUGAUGACCCUCCACACCAAAGGAGGAUCGUUAGCGCGGGCAAAGGGAAGAACAAACUACCCUGGGAGAUGUCGACAUUCUCAUCCACAGAGACUGACCUGCAGUGUAAUACUCCUAAUGGAAAGAUCUCUGAACAGGUAGCCAUUGAGGACUACCCUCCCCUGUCCAGGAAGCUGUGUCAAGAGACCUAUGUACCCAGUUUCAGUUCUGCAGAGCCUCGGAAGCCACAAUCUGCCAGAAGGAGGGCAUCUCCUGCUCGAAUCAGAAGAAGUGGGAGCCUCAACUUGGACCCUGACAUAUUUAAAACAAACUUCUCUGACCCAGAUGUUGUGGCACCGAAGGGACGCACGCUCUCAAGGAACCCAAGUGUAGAGCGCACCUUUUCCCUUCCCUCAAACCCCUCACACCCCACAACAUCCGGCUCCUUCCUCCUGCCCUCCUACCCUCUGUCUACACUCCCAGGAGGCAUGCUUACUCCCACACUGUCCCGUCAUCGUGCAGACUCCUCCCUCUCUAUGUCAAACACCUGGCCCAACAAGAGAGACAACAGCCCCCACCAGCGGGAAACCAGCCCCUGGAGAGAAACAGCAAGUGCAGAAAAAGGAGACAAUAUCUCAAGCAGAUGCUCUCCUUUGCCUCUUCGUGCCUCCCUUGUGAGUUCUUCUUCCACUUCUUCUUUCCGCCGGGCACUUAGCAGCCCAAGAGCUACCCUAUCUAUCUCGCCAGUCGUCCCUACAGCAGAUCAGGUCCAGUCUCAUAAUGCCCAGAGAGCCAUUGCUCCUGUCAGCCCUCAGAAGCAGCUAGAAAGGGACCAAAAUCGGAACCCUGACAGCUACAGUCCAGCACAAGAUGCUCAAGAGGAUGAUCCACUGGACAUGCAGGAGAUGCUGAUCUCCCUGCGAUCAUUGCGCAACAGCGCUGCAAAGAAGAGGGCAAAGGUGAGCCUUGGUAGUGUAGAUCCAGAUCCAGACAGCCCUGACUCAGCUGUGAGGCUGGACCAGGGUCUGGACUCCCCUUCACAUACCUCUCCGAUACUUUUGGAGAAAGACAGUGGCGAGAGUGGUCUGUCCAGUCUGAGCUCAGUCACCAACUCCAGCUUGAAUGGCAUUAGAACCAGCCCCAGAAACUCAGCCUCUUCAGGAAUGAAACCUUGCAUUGCGAGAGUGCCUUCUGCACAACUGAGGUCUUCAUAUACCGCUGACGUCAGCUGUCUUCAAGGAUUGUCCCAGAGAAAUGAAUUGUCAUCUGAGGUGGGUGUUGUUGGCCAGAGAGUCACUUACUCAAACGGAGCGAUCAAAACUGAAGAAGAGAUGACGGGACCCAUCCCUCCGUUGGUCAAAGCAGCUGUCUGUGAAUCAGUCAGAGCUCUAAAGCCUGCCAAAGGAUCUUGGGGCGACAGCAGCAGAAACUCACCUGCCACAGAUAUGUCAGAAGGAGUCAUUGGGAGAGGCAUGUUUGGCACUGCAGUGUCCUCCAGCCGCUCGGGAGCUGUCUUGUCACUUGAGCAGUGUGAUUCUAUGGCCAGACCGCCCACUGAUGCCCCAGCAGGCAUCUACAGCCAUGUUCACCUAGACAGCGAUGACAGCCCACGUUCAGAUGAGGUUAAGCAGAGGCUGAAAAAUACUAGGGCUACUCGGGCAAAUAUGCGGCUGCAGGGUCUGGAACAGCAGAAGGGGCAGGCAAUCCAAGGGGACCAGACACGAGAAAAGAUUCGCCAUCGAGUCAGACAGAUGCUCUCUGACUCACCCACAGAGGAGAAUAGAGCAUUGACCAUCAAAGAUCUGCAUCUGAACGGAAGCACACUGCCCACCAGCAAAGCAGACCUUCUAUCUGAUGAGUCCCCCAUCAGCCCCACGAGUCCCAUCAGCCCACCAGGACCCCAGAGCCCCCUCAAGUGCUUCACUCCACCCCACCAGCCGAGCCCCCCGACAGUGCCCCCCAACCCCAAAAACCUCUCACGUAUUCGGAGAGCCCCCAGCCUCAGCAGAACAAGACCAUCGCUGUCUCACAGCUCAGAUGAGCUGUCUCCUGGUGCUGUGGGCCAAAAGAAAAAUCUAUCAGAGCCUCAGGAGCUGUGUCCGUUUUCCAAGCCGGACCUGGCCCUGACACAGAGCUUCAACCUGCUGAGCACCGAAGACUGGGAGAAGAAGAUCGAGGGUCUGACGUUCUUGCGCAGUCUGGCUCACUUCCACUCAGACACACUCCAGGCCAGGCUUCAUGAUAUCUGCCUCUGUCUUAUUCAAGAGGUGAAGAACCUGCGGUCAGGUGUGUCCAGGGUUGCAGUGAGUACAGUCGGUGAUCUGUACACACACCUGCAGAAGGCAAUGGACCAGGAGCUGGAGGGGACAGUUAAAGCUCUGCUUCAGAAAGCAGGAGAGACUAAUGCCUUCAUCAGGCAGGAUGUGGAUGCCGCUCUGGACUGCAUGGUUCAGAACUGCACACCCACUCGUAGCAUCAGCGCGCUACUCUCUGGAGGACUCAGUCACCUCAACGCAGUGGUGAGAAAAUGCACCGCUCAUCAUCUGGCUAAUCUGGUGGAGAAGGUCGGUGCUGGCCGUCUUCUGUCUGGAGGUAAAGAUCUCACAGACAGAAUUUUACCUGCUGUCACCAAACUCGCACAAGACUCCUCACAGGAAGCCCGGUACUAUGGCCGUCGUAUGCUGCUCUCUUUAUCAUCCCACCCUGACUUUGACAAGAUCCUUGAGAAAUACAUAUCCACCAAAGACCUGCCGACUGUCAGAGAGACAGUCUUCACUCUCAAAACAAAGGGUCUGGGCGAGAUGCCCCAGGACACCCAAUCAGCCCGGGGGAGACGCUCCCUCCCAGGCAGUGGUACAGUGAGGGCAUCGUCUCUCACCAGGGAGCCACUCAACAACAGGGAUUCAAACAGCCAUUACAGCUGCAGAUCUCAGACUCAGAGCAUUGCAGACAAGAGUGAAUACAUCAAGCAGAUCUCAGGCCUGCUAGGUUCAAAGGACUUUAGAGAGAGGAUCAAGGGAAUCGACCAGCUAGCAGCUGACUGCCAGAACAACCCUAACAUGGUCAUCAAUAGUAUUUUUCCGGUGUUUGAUGGCUUUAAAGCCAGGCUGCAGGAGUCAAACAGCAAGGUCAACCUGCACGCACUCGAAUCUCUACAGAAAAUCAUCCACUUGUUGAAGGACAAUCUGUCUCAAGUGGUCAACAUCCUGGUUCCUGCAAUUGUUGACAAUCACCUCAACUCCAAAAACAAUGCCAUAUACUCCGCUGCUAUUGGAGCUAUUAAUGCACUUAUUUCAAAUCUGGAUAAUAUUCUUCUUCUUCAGCCUUUCUGCACCAAGGCUCAGUUUUUAAAUGGCAAAGCAAAGGUGGAUCUAAUUGAAAAAGUUGCCGACCUUGCGACAGAGCUCUACCCUCGUAAGCCCCAGAUGGUGGAGCAGAAGGUGCUGCCCUUGCUGUGGCAUCUUCUUGGCACCUCUACCCACAGCGGCACCAUUCAUGGCCGGGGCGGCAGUGUGAGGGGUGCUACCGCAUACCUGUGCCAAGCCCUUUACACCCAGAUGGGGUCCAACCUAACGGAGUGCGCUGCCUCUCAGCCUGCCAAUGUCCAUAAAAGUUUAAACGAGGUCCUGAGGACCUUAUCUUGAAGGUAAAACAGGAUCCCAUCACAUCGAAAUGUUGGAAGAACCUUUACACUGACCUUACUUGAAGUUUACAUUUGUUUUACAUUUCUUAUAGUGCCUGCACUUUUAUAUCAAUAAAUAGAAAGUCCUUAAAGAUUAGGAGCUCUUAUUCUUAUCUCAGUGAGAUUUCCUCUGGUACAGAAGCACAGACAUUUGUAACAUACUGACAUCAGGUCUUACAUCCACUCAACCUGCUCUUUUUGCACUUUGAAAAGGUAGCUCAUUAUCAUGAUAGACUUCAUGGCGUUUGCAUUUGGUCAUUCAGUGAUUUUCAUUGCUUUUUUUUCCUUCAUUAUCUUUACAUGUACUGUAGACAAAUCAGACACUAUUGCAGAAUGUAAAAUUUGUAAUGCACAAAAAGACAAGGAAGAAGACAGGGACCUGAAAGGUGUAUAUUUUUUUGCUGUUUCAUCAAAUAUGAUGUGAUUUUCAAAUUGUCUUAUAUAGUUGUUUUAAAGAUUUGUGAUCUUACAUGAACAAGUACAAAAUACUUUUGUACAGCUCCGAUGUGUAUUUGCACAGUAUUAGCUUGAUCUGUAAUUGUAUGCUGUAAGAUGGAACAGUUCAUAACUUAUCUAUUGUGUAAUGGUUUGAAAGUCCUGUUAAUGAUAUUUUGCGCUGGUACAGUCCUUUUUUUUUUUUUUUGCAUGACCAAAACUUACUGGCAGGAUUAAAAGCUGUGUAUAUUUUUGCUAUGAGUAGAUAUAUAUAUGUAUAGUAUAUGUACACUGAUGCCUAGAUCAAGGUUGGGUUCCAAUCAUUUCUCCCGGAUUGGGACAGCGUACGAGGGGAAGAAGUCCAGCUUUACUACAGCGUUUGUCUGAGGAACAGUGAAGGCCCAGAUCUGAUUGUGUCUCAGUAUAGUGCCAGUCUUCGAGUAGCCUUUGAACUCAUCUAUCGUUAAAUUAUAUUGAACUUGUUUGUGAACAAGGUGAAAACAGAUUGAUAUAUUAAUAAAGUGUUUUAUUUCUGUAAAACUAA